AUGGCCAUACCAACCCUCUACACAUUUUACACCACCAGUCUCACUGCCUGCACAUCCAACAACAUUGACGAUGAGUGCCCCAUCUGCGCCAUCUCAUAUCGCGAGGCUUUGAGCGACGUGGCGCCAGACGUCGUCGCGACCCCCUGCGGCCAUAAGUUCCACCGCGACUGUCUCGACCAUUGGCUGAGGGACGGUCCAAGUGACGAAGCUACAUGCCCCAACUGCCGCAUGGGUCUUUGCCAACGCCCUAGACCGAAAAGAGAUUUCGCUCUACAGUGUCUUGAUCCUGCUCUCUCAGACAACUGGGCAGAGGAGAAAUGGGAGGCAAUAUAUCUCAUGGAACAUUUGUUAAAGACUACUGGCUUGACGGACACGCUUUACGAAAUCGUCGAAAAGCUGUUCGUGAUACUUCGCAAGUUACGAGAAGAUGCGACUGGAAGGUUGUCAACAGGUCUUGCAUGGGCAGACAUUUUCCAGCAAGCAUUUCCUUGCUACAAAGACUCAUUACGUACGGCCGCGCAAUCUUCCGAUAUGAGCCAAAGGGAAACGUCGCUCGAGGAAGAAAAAUUGUUGUAUCCUGGCGGGCCAGGAGAAUACGUUGCAGUGCGUACGAUCUUAAGGGCAAUCGUGAAAUCCAACAGGGAGAGAGGAUGGGUUGAUUCUGCUGUAUUGGUUGUACUUGACCGGUUUCGAGACUGGGAAGAAGAAGAGACGAUGAGUAUCGUCGAGGCUUAUCGAGGGCUCGGAUUCUUCGCGUUGGCAGACGAAGCAGAAGAGGAUGCAGAAACGGUGAUAUAG